AUGUCUAAUUAUAUCCCAUCUUUCUCUGCGCCCAACUCAAGGCCCGGAUCCCCUCUCCCUCUGGGGUCACCGUCUGCUUCAAGACCUACCAGCUUCUACGCCAAUUCCAGAGCGAAUUCGUUCGUGGGCACGAGACGAAACUCUGCUGUUCCUCCGGCCUCGAGAAAGAACUCUGUUGCUGUUCCCUCGAGGAAGAAUUCUACUGCGCCCCCUUCAAGAAGACACAGUGAGGAUAAGGGUGCUUCGGAUCCUGAGUCUACAGACCUCGAGGUUCUGAAGAAUGAAAAGGGUGAACCCCUUGCUGGGCGUAUUGUUGGUGGUAAAUAUGUCGAUCCAAGCAAUGAGUCCGUCGACCCGGAGUUUGGGGCUAUCAAGACUGUCGAUAUCGAUAUGCCCCUUACGUUGACGGAGCUUGUUAAUGAGAAGGGCAAGGAGUAUAUCGUGCUUGGUUUUGCGACUGGCGAUAAAGAGAAUCCUUUUAACUGGAAUCCUUGGUAUAAGCGAUCCAUCUCGACUAUUCUCAACUUGAUGACCUUGUUUAUUGGUCUUGCUACCACUGCCUACAGCUCAGGUAUUGCGAGCAUGUGCAAGGACCUCGAUGCUCCUAACAUCAAGGGCCAAUUGGGUCUUUUCACUUUCAACAUCAGCUGUGCUGUCGCACCCAUGAUUCUUGCUCCCUUCUGUGAGUUGGUCGGUCGCAAGGUCGUCUACGCCAGUUCAUUCCUGUGCUUCUCACUCCUCUUCAUCGGUCUUGCUCUCGCCAAGGACAUCGACACCAUUAUUGGACUUCGACUCCUACUGGGCCUUUUCGGCUGCGUCGGUACUAUUCUCGUCGGUGGUACCUUUGACGAUAUGUAUGAGCCUCACCACCGAAGUCGACCUAUGGCCAUGUUCAGUUGGGUCGCUAUUUUCGGAACUGUCGCUGCUCCCAUCUACGCUGGUUUCAUUGAUCAAGCCAUUGGGUGGCGAUGGAUCGAGGGUAUUCAGGGCAUUGCUAACGUUCCUCUGCUCCUUGUUAUCUUCUUCUACUUCCCCGAGACUCGAGGUGGUGUUGCUCUUCAUAAGCGCGCCAAGGCUCUUCGACAAGCUACUGGUGAUGAGCGCUACGUCUCUGCUGGCGAUAUCCUGACCCCCAGUCUCCAGGCUAUGCUUAAGGCUAGCUCCGUCAAGGCUAUUCACAUGUUGGUCACUGAGCCUGUCGUCUUCGCCUUCGGUCUCUGGAUCGCCUUCUGCUGGGCUGUUGUCUUCCUCUUCCUCUCCGUUAUCCCCAUCACCUUCCAGGAGCACCACGGUUGGGGUGAGGGUGUCAGCGGUCUUCCUUACAUCUCUCUCUGCAUUGGCACUACCCUCGGCUGGUUGGCCCAUCACCUUCAGAUGCGCAAGUUUGACCGGCUUGUCGCCGACCCCAACAUCAAGGUCACCCCCGAAGCCCGUCUCUACGGCGCCAUGUAUGGAGCUGUCUUCCUCCCCAUUGGUCUGUUCAUCUACAGCUUCACCCAAUAUUCUCACGUCUCUUGGGUUGGCCCUGCCAUUGGUCUUGCUCCUAUUGCCUUUGGUAUCUACUUCGUUUUCGAGAGUACCUACAGUUACACUGCUGAUUGCUAUGGUGAGAGCUCUUCUUCUGCCAUUGCUGGCCAGGGUCUUAUGCGAAACACUCUUGGCGCUGUCACGCCUUUGUUCGCCAAUGCUUUCUUCCACAAUGUUGGAAGCCAGUAUGCUGGUCUCAUCCUUGCCUUGUUUGGUACUGUACUGAGCUUGAUUCCCUUCGUCAUGUUCAAGUAUGGAUAUAAGCUCCGAGCUCGCAGCAAGCUGGCUAUUGAGAUGUAA